GCAGUUACGCUACGUUUGGUCUUUCUGAGCCACCGUACCUCAGCAGCGGUCUGUGUGUUUCUGUGCUGCGGAAAUGAAAAUAUUCUCCUGAAAUUCAUCACCAACAACCUGGAUAUUUUACUAAAAGCAAUGUUAAACUGCUGAAAGAGGUGAAGCAGAAGCCGUCCUGAAGAAUCUCCAGAACACGCAGAAAUUGUUGCAUUUAACAGACAAAUGAAGCCAAGUCCUGACAUGGAGAAACAUCAGCACUCUGUCAAGAGUUUAAUUAAACAGAGUAAUCUCAAAAAACACCAGCAUAUUCACAAAGGAGAGAAACCGUAUCACUGCUCAGACUGUGGGAAGGGUUUUACUACACAGAGUAAUCUCAAACAACACCAGCGCAUUCACACAGGAGAGAAACCAAAUUACUGCUCAGACUGUGGGAAGAGUUUUACUCAACAGAGUCAUCUCAAAAUACACCAGCGCAUUCACACAGGAGAGAAACCUUAUCACUGCCCAGACUGUAGAAAGAGUUUUAGUCGACAGAGUCACCUCAAACUGCACCAGCGCAUUCACACAGGAGAGAAACCGUAUCACUGCUCAGACUGUGGGAAGAGUUUUACGGAUCAGAGUAGUCUCAAAAAUCACCAGCGCAUUCACACAGGAGAGAAACCGUAUCACUGCUCUGACUGUGGGAAGAGUUUUAAUCUAUUGAGUACUCUCAAAAUCCACCAGCGCAUUCACACAGGAGUAAAACCAUAUUACUGCUUACAGUGUGAGAAGUGUUUUUCAAAAGCGAGUCAUCUCAAAAAUCACCAGCGCAUUCACACAGGAGAGAAACCUUAUCACUGCUCAGACUGUGGGAAGAGUUUUAAUCAUCAGAGUAAUCUCAAAAAUCACCAGCGCAUUCACACAGGAGAGAAAACUAUCCCAAAUCUUUUCCACUGCAAUUAAAAGUGCAAAUCCUAAAUCUUUCAGACAGAACACCUUAUCCUACACAAAUGUUUCACUUUGUCACUUGGGACACGUUUCACCAGUGGAUAUAGCGGGAUAUUUGGUUGUUGUAUUACUCAAGAUUUAUACUCGUUUUCUUAUUAGUCGUGAUGGGUAGAUGAGGCGCCAUGAAGUGUUUCGACCCAUAGGGAACCUGUAUUGAAACUGUCAAGUCAAGUCAAGUAGUUUUAUUGUCAAUACUGCAUGUGUACAGGACAUACAGAGAAUUGAAACUACGUUACUCUCCUUCCCAAUUUUACAGCUAGUACAGAUAAUAGAUAUAAUAAAGGAGAAUGGGAGACACUAUGUGUACAAUACAGCAGGGACACAAAUAGACAUACAUGAGACAAAAACAAGGUGCAGUAGUGUGGGGGAGAAAUAGAUAUAAAUAUAAGUUAAAAAAAAAGAAAUAGAUAUAUAAUAUAAAAGAGUGGGAGACACUAUAUGUACAAUACAACAAGACACAAUAAACAUACGUAAGACAAUAGUGCAAUAAUGAUGGUGAUUGAGAUGGAAUGACAGUAUAAAUAGUAAAUAACAGUAGUGCAAAUAGGGUAUAUCGUAUAUAGCUUAAGGCUGGUAAAGUGAAUGGGUGCCUAAGUCCUUAAAGUUCACAGUUUAAUUAAGUGGAAUUAAAGUGCGUAUUGACAGUGCAAGUAUAGCAGUAGUGCAGGUAUUGUGUAGUGCGAGUCCGUUUGGAAGGGACCAGUACUUUGUGCAUUGUAGUGCAGAGUUUCAGUACUGUAUUAGUGGGGGGUCAGGAUGCUGAGUGAGUGUGUGCUGGGGGCAGGAUUGGGAUGGGGGGUAGACCAGGAAGAGAGUUCAGCAUCCUCACAGCCUGAUGGAUGGGGCUGUCUCGCAGUCUGCUGGUCCUUGCCCCGAGACUCCGCAGUCUCCUCCCUGAUGGCAGCAGGCUGAAGAAGCUGUGUAGUGGGUGGGAGGGAUCUCCUGCCAGACGGAGGGCUUUCCGUGUGAGGCGGGAGCUGUACAAGUCCUGAAGGGAGGGGAGAGAGAUGCCAACAAUCUUCUCAGCUGCUCUCACAAUGCGCUGGAGGGUUCUGCGGCAGGAUGCUGUGCAGGCCCCGUACCACACGGUGAAACAGCUGGUCAGGAUGCUCUCGAUGGCCCCUCUGUAGAAGGUGGUCAUGAUGGGGGUGGGGGCUCCAGCUCUUCUCAGCUUGCAGGGAAAGUAGAGAUGCUGAUUUGCCUUCCUGGCCAGUGACGCUGAGUUGGUGCUCCAGGAGAGGUCCUCUGUGACAUGCACACCCAGGAACUUGGUGCUGCUCACCCUCUCCACAGCAGUUCCGUUGAUGAACAGAGGAGUGUGCUGUGUGUGAGUUCUCCUGAAGUCCACAACAAUCUCCUUGGUCUUCUCUGUGUUCAGAGAGAGAUUGUUAUGUUUGCACCAGGUGGCCAGGCGGCUCACCUCGCUCCUGUAGUGUGACUCAUUGUGUUGCUGAUGAGACCCACCACUGUCAUGUCAUCUGCAAACUUGACGAAGAGGUUGGAGGUGUGUGCUGGUGUGCAAUCGUGGUUCAGCAGAGUGAACAGAAGGGGGCUCAGCACGCAUCCUUGGGGAGCCCCUGUGUUCAGUGUGGUGAUGCUGGAUGUGCUGCUGCCAACCCGCACUGCCUGUGAUCUUCCAGUCAGGAAGUCUAACAGCCAGUUGCACAGUGAAGUGCUCAGCCCCAGACUGUCCAGUUUGUGUAUGAGCUGUUGGGGGACGAUUGUGUUGAAUGCUGAGCUGAAGUCAACAAACAGCAUUCUGACGUAGGUGUUCUUCUUGUCUAGGUGUUUGAGGGCUGAGUGCAGAACAGUGGAGAUGGCAUCAUCAGUCGAGCGAUUUGACCGAUAUGCAAACUGGUAGAGGUCCAGGGAGGGGGGGAGCGAGGACUUGAUGUGAUGCAUGACUAGUCGUUCGAAGCACUUCAUGAGGAUGGGGUGAGUGCAACUGGACGAUGGUCAUUGAAACAGGAUGGCGAUGCCUUCUUUGGGACAGGGAUGAUGGUGGUGGCUUUGAAGCAUGUGGGAACCACCGCCUGACUCAGAGAGGUGUUAUGGAAGUCAGUAUAAACCUCUGCGAGUUAGUGAAUGUGUUUGGAAUGAGUAUGCUUGUGGACUGUUUUUUUUUCCAAAAUUUUUUUGGGUGUAUACCUGAGUUUAUCCUGGGUGUAUUUGGGACUUCAUUCUCAUGUUUGGCGCUAUAAUGCCUCAGCAUUGAGGGGGUGGACUUGUUUAAAUAGGACAGUUCUGUCAAACAAAUGUGACAUUUAACCUGCAGAACAUAAUAUGAAUAGUAAGCUAAGAGUCAAUUUGAGAUGAAUUUGGAUUCAGAUAGAUCAAGUUGAAGCUCUGAAAGGAACCAAAUUAAACAACAAGCAAUUAAACAAAUACCUUAUUGUCUAAUGUAAGAUCAAAAUGGUCCCACACAGCAGAAAACUUUCUUUUUACUUGAGGCUGUUCCAUAGUUUUAGAUGAAAAAGAUGAUGUAUCGCUAAAGUGUAUUGAAUUUUUUUUGGAAGAUGCAUCCCGACGGAUGCACUUCCUUUUAAACACAGUUUGACACAUUAAUGUCCUUUCGAAACUGUUUGAGUAUCGGUCAUGUGACUUGCUGAAAGAGAUGCGUGCACUGACGUGGGGUUUGCUCUAGGAGCUCGGCGCAUGUGCCGACGCAUCACUGUUGCCGAACCCAUCACUACUUAUUAGAUAUCGUAUCUUGUUUUUAUAAUCUCCAAAGUUACUUAGAAUAUCCAAUUCAUUUAGUUCCUUCAUUGUUUUUAUCCAGUACCAAAUGUUAUCUUUGUAUUGCUUCACCUCUAUAUUUACUCAUCUGUUUGUUUAAAUAAACAGCUUUUAUAUUGCAUAUCUGCAAUCUCUGUGGUUUCUCAACAUAUGGUUGACAUGAAACCUAUAGGCCUAAGAUUGUCUUAUGUUAUUAUUUGUUAAAUACUCAAAGUCGCCCAAAGGAGAAAUGCAGUGUGAAAUGGAUUUGGUUAAAGUGAGACAUAAUAGUCAGUUUCAGAUUGAAAUUUAGAAAGAAAUUGAUUUUUUUUUUAUGUUUCAGACUUAAAAUGGUUAAAUAAACAUUUACUUCCAAUAGUAGAGUAGCAUGUGUGUAUCACUUGUAUUCCUAUGUUUAUAAAGUUUUUUUUUUAUUGUGAAUGCUUAUGUGUUGUGUUUUUUUUUUCCUGUUUUACUGACUAUUAUUAUUGGUAGCUAGCCUAGCUAUAGGUUUAGACCACAGCAUUAGGAUUCAAGCAGAUUUUAUUGUCAUUCGCAUCACAUGUGGAACGAAAUUGUGAUCUCACGAUCCAGUUUACACCCAAGAGCUGUUGUUAAAAUAGAUAUAUAGAUAAAAUAAGAUAGCAAAAUAAAAUAGAGUAUACAAAAUAGAUAAAGAUAAAUACCCCCAAAAACAUAAAUAGAGAGAGUACACAGGUAGCAGCAACAUAAAGUCCAGAGUGCAAGUGUGCUAUGGCAGCAUGAUAAUGAAAUUAGAGCAGUAAAAGAUAAAGUGUCUCAGUGCAGUUUAAAGUGACAGUGUUUGUAAACAGUAAUUUGUCCUUGUGUGUCAGUGCAGUAUGUUGUUUAGGUGGAGUUUAAGAACCUUACAGCUAUUGGAAUGAACCUGUUUCUGAGUCUGGUUGUUUUGCACUUGAUGUUCCGCAGCCUCCGUCCUGAGGGGAGUGGGACAAAAAGUGAGUGUGCCGGGUGGGUGGGAUCCUUCCUGAUGCAGGUGGCCCUCUUCCUGCAUCUGGAGGUGUAGAUGCUGGGAGGCUCCAAUAAUCCUCUGUGCAGCAUUUACCACCCUCUGCAGAGCUUUCCUGUCUGCAACAGAGCAGCUUCCAUGCCACACAUUGAUGCUGGAGUACAUGACUCUCUCCACCACACAUCUGUACGAGAAGGUGAGGACUACGCUCCAGAGUCCAGCUUGUCUCAGCCUCCUGAGGAAUUAGAGCCGCUGAUGUGUCUUCCUGACCAGAGUGGAAGUGUUGCUCCAGGUGUGGUUGCUGCUCAGGUGCACAGCCAAGUACCUGUAGCAGUCGACCACUUCCACCGCAGAUCCUCCAAUGUGCAGGGGGAUGUGGGCAUGCUGGCCCCUUCUGUCCACAAUCAUCUCCUUCGUCUUCUUUACGUUGAUGUAGAGGUUGAGACCCAUCACUGCGGAGCUCUUGGGGACUGGGAUGAUGGUGGCAGUCUUCAGGCAAGUGGGGACAGCUGCCUGGAUUAAGGAAGCGUUGAAAAUGUACGCCAGAACUUAUUGAGAGCCUCAGGCAGGGAUGGGUCUUUGGAGCUUUGUGCAGCGUUGGAUUUGUAGUCCGUGAUGCACUUGAUGCCCCUCCACAUGCUCUGUGUCUCCUGGGAGGAAAAGUGUCCCUGGAUUUUCUGAGCAUAUGCAGCUUUUGCCCUGCUAAGUCCAACAGUCAGCUCUCUUAUAGCCCUCCUGAGUUCAUCUGAGUCACCGGACCUGAAGGCAGUACCCCUGACUUUCAACAGAGAACGGUCCUCUGCGUUCAGCCAGGGCUUCUGGUUCGGGUAGCAAGUCAAAGUCUUGGUGGCAAUGACAUCCUCCACACACUUGCUGAUGUACCUGAGAACAGUAGAUGUGUAUUCCUCCAGAUCCUGCUCCCCCUCACACUCAGCAGCCUCUCUGAAGACCUGCCAAUCUGUGCAGCCGAAGCAGUCCUGCAGCACAGCGUCGCCAUCACUUGGAGCGCGGUUUGGAGCGCCACAGCGGGGGAUGGUAUGCGGGGACCAGCAUGACAGAGAUGUGGUCGGAGAGCCCAAGGCGGGGGAAGGCUCUGUACGCGUCCCUCGUGUUGGUGUAAACACGGUCCAGCAUGUUAUUACCUCGCGUUGGGAUGUUCAUGUGUUGGUAAAACCUUGGCAGCGUGUUCUUCAGUUCUACUGGGUAAAAUCCCCCGCUACCAUGUAGAACGCGUCCGGAUGCUUGUUCUGAAGCGAGCUGAUGUCAUAAAGCUCCUUCAGCGCGUUGUUAGCAUGAGCAUCUGGUGCCAUAUAAACCUUGAACACCGCCAAAAGUUAAACACAUGCUACUCUACCUUAGGAAGUAAUUGUAUAUUUAACCGUUUUAAGCCUGAACCAUUAAAAAAUAUAUAUUUCUCUCUGAA